AUGGGAUUUGUUCAAAGUGUUUGUGAUUAUUCUUUGUUUGUGUUGUCUAAGCAAGAUGUGUUUAUUGUUUUGCUUGUUUAUGUUGAUGACAUAGUUGUUACAGGAAACAAUAAAACUGAAAUAGAAAUAGUUAAAACAAGCUUAAGAGAGAAUUUUCAAAUAAAAGAUCUUGGGUUGCUUAGGCAUUUUCUAGGAAUUGAAGUGUUAUAUUCAGAUAAUUGUAUCUGUUUGUCACAAAGAAAGUAUUGUCUUGAGCUUUUCAAUGAGUGUGGGUACUUGGGUUGUAAACCUGUUACAACACCAAAUGAGCAAAGUUUUUUAGUCGCUAAUAAGUGUGAAAAGGAUCAAAAAGUUUUGAAAAAUGUAAAUGGUUUUCAAAGGUUAACAGGGAAGCUGUUAUAUUUGUCUUUGACCAGGCCUGACAUUAGUUAUACUGUUCAGUUCUUAAGUCAAUAUAUGCAUAGUCCUUGUCAAUCUCAUCUUGAUAUUGCAUUGAGGUUGUUGAGGUACUUAAAACUAUCACCUGGAAAAGGAGUUAGUAUUAAGAAGUCAAGUAUGGUUAUGUCCGGUUUUGUUGAUUCUGAAUGGGCCAAAUGUCUUAAGACCAGGAGGUCUGUUACAGGGUAUGGUAUUUUUUUUGGGAGGGACACUAGUUUCUUGGAAAAGCAAGAAACAAAGUGUAACUUCCAGAUCAACUACAGAAAGCUGAGUACAGAGCUAUGUGCUCAGCUACCUGCGAAAUUAUGUGGAUACUUAAUGUUCUAA